AGGACACGCUAAUAGUAUCAGAAGAAGAAGCUCUCGGAUGUGGAGAGGAAUUGUCCAUGUGGUUGUUUACUUUUAUGCAAGACGUUUACCUUCGGAAUGUAGUACAUACUUUCCAUUGGCAACAAAUAUGAUUAUUCGCAGAUUAACAGUUUUUUGCUUUAACGUUAUUCACGAAACCGUGUCAUGAUUUAUUCCGGCCUCCGUAAAAUACGCAUUCGAGAAGCUAACCCUGCAUCGCUAAGCCUUCAUUUAUCUUGAAAGCAUGGAGAUAGAAGAUCGGGAUUUUCUGAACUCUCCGCCUUUGAAGACGGUCAGAUUUGGCGGUAGUGUUGUGGAAACUUUAGCCAAGUAUAAACGGGGAGACUUGAGUGACUAUGAACUGCUGAAGCAUCAGCUGGCGGACCCUGAGAUAAAGGACGCACAGAUUAUUACAUGGCUACAAGAAUUUCGGAAUUGUGUCGCUCAGCUCACCAAAGACCAUGAACAACUCAUCUAUACUAUCUUAAGGGUUCCCUGGGUGGGUCGGAGCCAAGCAGUGGUGGAGGAGUACAUGGCUUUCCUCAGUAAUCUGGUGUCGGCACAGACGGUCUUCCUAUGUGCAUGUCUCAAAAUGGUCAUCUCCCACUUUACACCGAAAAAAGUUGCGAUCUGUGAAGGAGGAGUCGAGAUCUCAGAUUCAGAUGAUGACGAUGAAAAUCUUCCCAGAAAUUUCAGCCAGUGCCAUCAGGCUUUGCAGCUCAUCACCAGAUAUGUCCCAUCAACGAGUCACUUUUUGGUGCCUAUUUUGCAAGACAGCUUUCCUUUCGUUCAAAAGUCCUCCAGAACUCUGGAGUGUUACGUCCACAACCUUCUGACUGUGACUUCGUACCUACCAACCAUUCGACGAGACGUGCUCGAGAUCAUUAUUGGACAGAUGCUUAAACUGGAUGUGAGUGCAUCCCGCUCAGAUAUUGAAGAGGCCGAAGAGAACUUGUCACAAAGCCAGCAGGCAGGCAACUGUACUGAAGAGGCCCUCUUUGACAUGGAUGAGGACCUGCCGACAGGUCAGCCCCCCAGUUUGGGAGUCAUGGCACACCCGGUGGCCGAGAGGCUCGAUUCGCUCAUGACCAUGUUGUUGGCGUACAUCAAGGACCUCUGCCAUGUCAACGGUGCUUUGCACACAGACAGAACCAAGGAAUUGUACCGGGACUUGUUGGAUGUGUUUGACAAGCUCAUCUUGCCCACACAUGCCUCGUGUCACAUCCAGUACAUGCUCUUUUACCUCUGCAGCUUCAGGCUGGCCCUAGCUGAGGCUUUCCUGGAGCACUUGUGGAAGAUUCUGCAGAGUCCAUCACAGCCUGCUGUCCUCCGCCAGGCUGCAGCGGGGUACAUGGGAAGCUUCCUUGCCAGAGCCAAGUUCAUCCCUGUGCUCACAGUACGAGCGUGUCUGGAUCUGCUCAUCUCGUGGAUUCACCGCUAUAUUGAUGGCCAGGACAGUAAAGGUGGGCAGGCCUGCUGCGACAUCAGCCUGCACGGACCAUUCUACACUGCCUGCCAGGCUGUCUUUUACACAUUGAUCUUCAGACAUGGAGCCAUUCUGGCGAGCAACCUGAAGAAAGGCUUGGAGUACCUGCAAAGUUUGAACCUGGAGAGGGUGGUCAUGUGUCAGAUGAACCCGCUUAAAGUGUGUCUCCCUGCGGUCACCAACAUGUUUGCAGCCAUCACCAGGAAAUAUCAGGUGGUGUUCUGUUACACCAUUAUCGAGAGAAACAGCCGCCACAUGCUGCCCGUGGUGCACAGCUCAGCUGGAGGCGACAGCGUGACCACGAACACCAACCCCCUGGACAGCUUCUUUCCCUUUGACCCCUACCUGCUGAAAAGGUCUGGGAAGUUCAUCGAGCCCCUCUAUCAGGCGUGGGAGGAGCCAGCAGACUCAGAGCUGAUCGCCAAUAAAACAGUCCACCAGGGCUCGAAAGAGGAUGACUUCGACUUCCUGUGUGGAGAGACGCCCCAGGGUGAUGGCAUUGUCGGAAUGACACCCAACUCCUUGGACUCAAACCCCAGUAUCGGCUCACCCCCCGUCUCUUUCCAGAGACAUUGCUAGUGCUGCGUCACCGACUCUUGGCCGGACCAGCCCGUACUAUUAUUCAAGGACAAAGGACUUGUUUUGGUUUUAAAAUGGUGUAUGUAUGUAAGUCUCCCACUACUAUUGCAUCUGAAGAAGUCAUUAAGGUCAAAAAAAUGCACAAAACGAUGGCCUUGUUUCUGGAGUCGUAGACUUCUGAUUUGAAUAUGAA